GCACCACUACGCCACGGCCGAGGUCACCGCAGCCUUCGAGAGAGGCCUCCUCGUCGACAACGCGAAGCCGGAGGAGACAGAGCCCAAUCCCGAGCCUGGCGCGGACACUCGCGUCGGCUCCCCUCAGGCAGCGGCUCCGGCCCCUCGGGCCGAGGAAUCGUCCAAUGCUGCGGCGAUGCAGUCGCUGGCGGCAUUGAACUCCAUGCAGUCGCAAGUCAGAACGAUGUCGCUGGUUAUCGGUGGUCUCGCCGCACUCAAUGCUGGGCUUAUCUUCGCCCUCCUCAGAAACAAGCACUGA